GACAUUUGCCGUCAUUCACGGCACAGUUCAAACUGCUUCAUGUGCUCCUGAUGGGCUAGCGGCAUUGGCCGCUCAGAACAGAGGCAUCACAAUGGGGAGUUCAUUGAGGAAGAAACCCAAUGCCUUCAACCUUCUCCAUCAAGCGCGAUUGGUGUCGGCUUUUGGUGCAGAAAAAUUCGAGAAGAUUUGGCAAGACGCCAGUCAAUUUCAGACCGCGUACCAGAUUGGUGAGAAGGAGGCCAAGGCUUGUUUCAAUCUUCUCUCUUCGGUGGAUGCCGCCGUGAGUGCAAAGCUUAUGGAACUAUGCACGAAGUGCUCCAUGAUCCGCUUCGUUACCCACGAACCUUUGGCGUCCGGAUAUUUCAACAGGAACUUCAAUGCAGGUACUGGAGUUUUUUCUCCUUGGGAAGGCUCACUCAUCAACAACACAGACCUGGUGAUGCUAGCCCUAAGCCGCAUGGAGAAGGAUUGGGACGACGCCCCAGCCAAGUUGAGGAAACCAUACCAAUGCAAAGAUAUCGAGCCUUAUAUUAAAUACAACUUCGUGUGA